AUGGAGUUUGUUAACGCGGUGGGGCAAUCGGGUGGGUUGGUGUGUUUGUGGGAUCCUGGAGUUUUCAAAUUCUCUGGGUCGAUCAAAAACUAUAAUUUUCUUAUUAUCAAAGGGAGGGUUAAGGGGUGUGGGGAGGAGCUAAAUAUUUUAAAUAUUUAUGCUCCGCAAGGGGUUUCAGCCAAGAAAGAUCUGUGGGAUGUUAUCGAGUCCGAGAUUGGCAGGAGCUCUGGUAUGUGGAUCCUGUUGGGGGAUUUCAACUCCGUGCGGUCACCCGACGAGAGGAGAAAUUCCGCUUUCAAAGCUCCUUGCGCUAGAAAUUUUAAUGCUUUUAUUCAUAACAUGGGCCUUGUUGAGUGUAACAUGACAGGGAAACAGUUUACUUGCAACCGUGACUACGGCAAGAAACUAAGCAAAAUUGAUCGGAUGUUGGUUCUUCAAUUCUUGGAUUGUAAAGAUGGGUUCGAGGAGGUGGUCAAAGGGGCAGCGGAAUCGCUUCAGAAUUCGGGCCUUGCUGACUCGACUCUUUCUAAAAAGUUUUCCUUUAUAAGGAAUCACAUUAAAAAAUGGAGGGACGACAUGCUUUUGAAAGAAAGAGAAACCGAGGUUAAAGCCCUAGAGGAGAUUAAAAGUCUAGAAGAAACCUUGGUUGAAAGAGAGCUCGAGGAGGAAGAAGAAUGGGCGCUGUGGGAGAACAAAAAAGUCCUGAAAGAGUUCGAACAAAGGAAAAAUAAGGAUCUUAAACAACGUGCUAGGGUUCGUUGGGCGAUCGACGGGGAUGAGAACUCUAAAUUUUUUCAUGGUUCGAUUAACUAUAGGAAGGCGAGGAAUUCGAUCCUGGGCCUUAAUAUUGAGGAAAUUGGGUGUCUAAACCGUCGCUUAUCAAAAAGGAGGUGUUGA